AUGAUAGCUGUGAUCGGAUUGCUUCUGGGUUUUCUGAUUUCAGCAUUGUUCUUAAUACAAGGAAAGCGAAGAUCUAACGGUGGUGAGGAGAAGAAGCAAUCUAGUAACGAGUCUGAAAAGUCAAAGCCAAAAAGUUACAGCAAGAGUGAAGUCGCAGUACACAACAAGAGAGAAGAUUGUUGGAUCAUAAUCAAAGAUAAAGUCUAUGAUGUUACUUCUUAUGUUGAAGAGCAUCCUGGUGGUGACGCCAUUCUAGAUCACGCUGGUGAUGAUUCUACUGAUGGGUUUUUCGGACCACAACACGCCACUCGUGUUUUCGACAUGAUCGAGGAUUUCUACAUCGGACAACUUCGUGAGUAA